UCUUCAGCUCGUGUCUGGCACGCCGCUUUCUAUCUCUCAACUCCUGGCAGUAUGGCAAAAGACGAGUUGAUUGGCGACCACGUCUCUUCAAAUCAGUGCAAACUUGCGGUGGAUGCACUGCUCAGCCAUGCUGUUCGAAUCCAGGAAAAGAAGGCGCAGACCGAGCUGCUUCCGGGAAGGAGCAAAACACCUAUCGCACAUCCGAUCGUAGACCCUCGCGUUUCUUCUGUAUGCUUGAUCACGAAAGACCCGCAACGGGAGUACAAAGACUUGCUUGAGUCUCACGGGAUCCGAUUCAUCUCUCGAGUAGUCGGAAUCGAGAAGCUCAAGGGCAAGUUCAAGCCGUUCGAGGCGCGGAGGAUGCUGCUGAAGGAGAACGACCUUUUUCUCGCCGACGAGCGGGUCGUGCCUCUGCUCCCCGGCUUGCUCGGUAAGAAGUUCUUCGAAGCGAAAAAGGCACUAACACGUACGUUCGUACGUAAACGUACGACUGUGUCAGUCAAGAUCGGCACUGUCUCGCAAUCGCCGGCCAAAGUCCUGGACAACCUGAAGAUGGCACUCCCAGCCAUCGUCAAGCGCAUCAAGGGUGAAUGGGACAACGUGCAGAGCUUCCACAUCAAAACCAAUUCAUCUGCGAGCUUGCCGAUCUGGAGUUGCGACUUGGGCACGGGAGACGGCGCACGCUGGGAUGGCUUGGUCGCAGACGCUGGGUCAGAUGACGAGAGUGAGGCCGAGGAGAGUGAAGAGGAGAGUGAAGUGGGAGAUGUUGAGUCCGUGCCCGCCAAGACGAAGGCCGGCGCGGAUGCGCCGACGCCCGUGUCGAAGACGAAGACGAAGAAGGGCGAGGCAGAGCCCAUGGAUGUUGAUGAGCAAAUUCCGUCGUCCAAGGAACAUAGCAAAGGCAAGAAACGCGCUGCGGAAGACGUCAACGACACACCGCAGAAGAAAGCCAAAGCAGAUCGUGCACCGUCCUCGGCUACUAAAGCUGGGCCGAAGAGCACGACAGAUGUGUCUGCGGCCAUCUCACCGGCGGGUACUCCCGCUUCCAUCGAUGUUCCAACACAAGGCAAAAAGCGGAGGUCAUCCGUGAGUCUCGCGGAAGCACCGGCCCCCGCCCAGAUCUUGUCUGCGCUGCCUUCUGUGUCCACAAAGGAAGCCCAGCCGGCGGCGGAUGCUGAUACCACAGCCCCCACAAAGAAGCGGAGGAAGAGGAAGGUGGUAGAUGCUGAGGCUGCUACCUCCGAGACGCCCACGUUCGCCGCACCCACAACAGCGCCAGUCACUGAGGCACGUGCUGCUUCUCCAGGACCAGCACUUGCGCAACUUCCCGAGGACGCUGCUGCCGCUGGACCCACAAGAAAACGAAAGAGGAACAAGGGUGCCGCAGCCGAGGCUUCCAAAGACACCGAUGUGGUCGCUACGGCUCCGAUGACCGCCCAUCUUGAGUCAACGACACCAGCGCAGCCGACCGCAAAUGAAGGGGAGAACACCACGCCUUCCAGGCAUCGGAAGCGGAGGCACGCGAAGGCUGCGGCUGGCGACGCUGCAGCGUCCGAGGACACCGCUGGUGCUUCCACAGAUGCAGUUGUGUCCGCGACGUCUUCCCAGCCUGCGCCUGCCUCAGCAGAGAAUAGCGAGGGCGCCACCAAGAGGAAACGGAAGAGAGUGAAGGCCGCGUCCGGAGCCGCCGAAGUCCAGGCAGUGCAGUCGUCCGAGACUGCUGCCGCUCCUCCUGCGACUCCCGCUGCACGAGGGGAAGAUACGGGGUCCGCUGGCGUUCCGCCUGAGCCCGUUUCUCCCGCUACGCCAUCAAUCACGAAGAGGAAAAGGAGACGCGCUUCGGCGGUGGAUUUCUUCCAGGACGGCGAGACCACAGCCACGCACGUUGUGUCUACCAUUACAUCCAAGAAGGGGAAGCCUGUGGAAGCGACCCCUCUGAAGAGCGCUCUAGAGCAAGUCGCGAACGAGGCCUCGAGCGUCAGUCCGGAAAAGGCAAACGCUGCGAACGGCGACACUGAGGUGGCUGCGAGUCCGCUUUCCACCAAAAGGCCUAGGAAACGCAAGUCGAAGGCUGCGUUAUCGGCUGCACCCGAGAGUACAGACGCCCCCGCGCCUUCCUCUGCUCGUGCGGCGGCACCAUCCGCUGCUCCUGUCGAAGCUGCGGAGGCUAAUGUUGAUGUGGCUGAACCCAAGAAGGUCAAGCGCAAGCACAAGAAAGCUGCCGCGGCCGCGGAGGACGUUGCUCAUGCGGAAGUCACGGAUUCGGUUGCCGUUGCGUCUCCAACGACGGGCGAGCUGAAAAAGAAGCGAGGUGCCGCUGGCGGUGAGAAGAAAAAGGACAAGGCGUUGGGCGCAGCGCCUGCGGCGAAGAGUGCGAAGGACGCUGUCGUUGGUAAAAAGCAUCUAUGAGGCGCUCAUUUUGCUCUCUGCUCUCGGAUAGCUAUCGAGUCGGUGCAAUUAUUUCCUGAGGUGUACUAGAUACUUUGUUGCUACAAUCUCACGGUUCUUCUGUGCGUACUCAUCUUACUCACCCGCACAUCUGCUAGGGCUUGUUCGUCCAGUGUACUACUGUCGUGUCAGCCCAAGAAUAGGGAGCCGCCGCCGAGGUGUAUUGGAUCUACCAGUCCUUUGGGCGUGUCUAUGAUCCGCAGUGCGUUGUUUUAUACAAGUUGAUCAGCAAUUAUAGAAAAUCCCCCGGAGGAUCAACCGAG